UUGACAUUUUACAUCUCAACAAUAGUCAAAGAAAAAAACAACGGUAGAUAAAAAAACCGAAAGUAGUAAUCAUGUUAUUAGCUAUAAAGAAAUAUAAAUUAAUUUUAAUAAAUCUAUUGAUCAUUGCAACGGUACAAUCAAUUAUGACAGCAUCAUCCAACGAACAAGAGAAAGGUUCCGAUGGACGUCCUUUGGCCAAAGCGGCGACUUUUCAUUUCCCUGAAUAUGCAUACAAGGAGACAAGUAAAAAUGAAAUUACUUAUCAUGAUUUUGAGGUAAAUUGCGAACAGCACGCUGCCUGUGAAGCUCUGGAGGGUGUAAAACGUAAGGCAUGUGUAAGGCGAUGUAUUUCAUAUUCUUGCUAUCAGGAUAUUUAUGCUUUUGAUGAGCUAGAGGAAGGCGAGAUUGAUGUUCGUCUCAACUCGUUCAAGGGUUGCGUCAUUCAAAGAUCCGGAAACACCAAUCGUCGUGCGACAUAGCAUAGAGCCCUGUCUGUUCGCAUUGAUGAGUUCAUGCAUUUGAUGCAUUUAAAAUUUACGAAUUUAUUUAAACAUUUUACGUAGGAGACAGUAUUAAUUGUUAUUAUCUCACUCAUAAUGGUUUUAAUGUAGCAGCAGAAUCCACAAUUCAAACCAAAAACCCUAUUACCCCUGAAAAACAAAAACACAGCCAUAUACACCUCUUUUCACGGGAACAAACCAACAAAACAGAUGGACAAUCAUUGCAGAAUGGCGACAAUAAUAAAUUGUCGAGGAGUGAGAGAUGCAGAUACAUAAAAGUAUUUUGCACCAUAAAAAACUUAGGCGUUCAAUCAUUUACUUUGUAAUUUUCCAUAUUCUAGCAAUAUAAGAGAUCACGAAAUCGAAACUUUAUUGGAAACCGAAAAGAAAAUGUUGAAAUUUCGACAGAGCUUUAACGAGGUUUUAAAAUUUGUCGAUGAUUAAAAAUGUCGAUGUAUUUUUUUAUACAAUUCAUAUUUAAACGAA